AUGGACUACAUUUGGACUACUGUCUCUACCUUGGAUUUUCUCAGUGAGAAGGGUGGCAGGUCCAUGAAGGAUGACGAGAGUUUCGUGGCUUUUGUGGAUAGAACACUAGAACGUCGUAAUGAGUCGUCAAACAUACACAAGUUCUUUCUCCAACGGUCUUGGCAUUUCUUUGAAUCUAAGGUUCAAUCUUGGAUCUCCUCUGCCAUAAGUGGUAACCACCUUAAGGAGCUUGGUGUAUACAUGAGCAGACAAAACCCCAGGAUAAUUCCCCCAUCUGUUUUUACUUGUGAAUCAUUGAUAUCGCUGGGGCUACAGACUCUCCCUAGUAUCCAGCUUCCUAGGCAUAUCUCUUUUCCAAGACUCAAGCGGCUUGAACUUCUUAACUUUGAGGUUAGGGAUGAUAACUGGAAUGAGCAACUCUUUUCAAAUUUUCGUGUCCUUGAAGAACUGAUUUUGAAAGGCCUUACGGUGAGUAUGAAAUUCUUUUCAAUCUCAGUUCCUACACUCAAAGUUUUGACUGUUGAUACCGGGAGGAACGAGCAAAAUGGUAUACGAAACUGUGUUUUGAAAUUCGAUGUACCUAGCCUUGUAAGUUUCUCCUACACGGGUUAUGCUUCCAAAGAAUUUCUCUGUUCUAGUCUUCUAGAACUAGUGCAAGCUGAUCUCAAGUUCGACUUCGAAGAAGAUUCCGAAGAAACUGAUGGUGUCGCAAUAAGCAGGUGUCUUCAAUCUCUCGAACAUGCAAAACGUCUAACUCUUAAUGAUAAAACCCUACAGGCUAUCUGCUCCGCACGCGAUCAGUCAAGCAAUUCACUGGCAUUUCAUAAUGUCAAAAUAUUGAAUAUAACUGACCACAUGGUCAGUGAGCUAGGACUAAUAGAUUUGCUCAAAGCAACACCUAGUCUGGAGUCGCUUGUAUUUGCUGAGUACAUCGAUGACUUUAUAGAAUACUAUGAUGUGGGUGAGGAAGACACUGAGGGCGAUGGGGAUGAUGACCGUGAAGAAGACGAUAGAGACUCUACUGAGGGCGAGGCAGAUGAUGACAGUGAAGAAGACGCUGCAGACUCUAUGGAGGGCGAUAACGACCAUGGCAGUGAAGACCAAGUCGAUGUUUCCGAAGCUGCUGAGUGUGCCAGCGAUGAUGAGAUUGAAGCCAUCGAUGACUACGGUUAUGAUAGUUGGGUGGCCACUAUGCCGAAUGUCGAAAAUUUAUUGCCCCACCUUCAAUCAGUUUGCUUUCAGCAAUUUGCGGGGAACCCAACUGAGAUGAAGUGGGUGGUACUGAUAUUGAAGAACGCAAAAGCUCUGCAGAAGAUGACUACUCAUUACUAUGACUCUGAUCUCCGCUUUACAGGUGCCAUAGGUGAAACAGAAGUAAUGGCAGUGAUGCCAAGAAUUCCAAGAGCCUCAGCAGGUUGUGUUUGA